CGUUCAAGUUGUUGUACUUCAGCUUCGAUGUCGCCAUAUCACAAGGAGCCACAGUUUUGGUUGUGGGUGUGGCGCGUACCGAGAAUGGCGACAUGAUAGACUCAUAGAUUCAAGAACAUAGAGAUUAAUUGUACUCUUGGACAAUAGAUACAAUACAAUCCAAGUCACUUAAAAGUAAUAAUGUCAGUCAUAUCUCCAACUAUCAAAUUCAAUCCACAAUCAAACAAGCUAAUCACAGUCGCAGCAGGAUGCUUCUGGGGUGUUGAACAAGUUUAUAGAAAAUAUUAUGGGUCAAAAGGUUUGAUAGAUGCUAAAGUUGGUUUUGCAAAUGGUGCCAUUGAUAACCCUUCAUAUAAAAGAGUCUGUGAAGGUGAUACACAAUUUGCUGAAGUUUUACAAAUAUCUUAUGAUCCAAAACAAGUUUCAUUAAAAGAAUUACUAAGUUUUUUCUAUAAAAUUCAUGAUCCAACAACUUUAGAUAGACAAGGUGCAGAUACUGGUACUCAAUAUCGUUCAGCAAUUUUCACUCAUGAUGAUGAAGAUUUGAAAAUUGCUAAACAAGUUACAGAAGAAUAUCAACCAAAAUGGCAAAAUUCAAUAAUUACAAAGAUUGAACCAAUAAAGAAUUUUUAUGAUGCUGAAGAUUAUCAUCAAUUAUAUUUAGAUAAAAAUCCAACUGGCUAUCAUUGUCCAACUCAUUUUGUUAGGGAAUUUUAAAAAUUGUGCAGGUCAUAUUGUGUAUACUAAAUUAAAACUACAUUUUGUAUUUUUUCCAACUGUGAGAAUAGUAGCUGAUACCAGCCAACCUCAAGAAUUUAUCCAUUGUAAUUCUAUAAACAAACCACAACCUUUUGUAGGAAAAAAGAGUAAAAAUUUUAAAAAAACAAAGGUGAUGAAAAAGUUAAAACACCUUAAAAAAAACUCAAUAAUAAAAACAAAACAAAGAAAGACCACUGAUCUUAAUAUAUGAGAUUGACAAAUAGUUCAUUAUUUCAU